AUGGCGUCACCAGCGCCGCUUCUGGCGCUGAAAAACCUCCCGGCAAAACCAACAAAGCCUUACCUGCCCAAGUUGAAACACGAGCGUGUAUCGUACGAGUUUCCACCACCGCCGCCACCACCGCCAGUCAAGCCGCUACAGUCGCGCCCCAUUCGGCGCCACAUGCCGAUGAUUAUCGGCUCUGGGGUCGCGCUCUAUCUCAUUUACACCGCGUGGUACGCAGUUGCGGACCACUCUGAGGAGCGCACGCUCACGCCCGAGAAGUUUGCCACCUACGUCAUCAGCCACAAGCAGCAGAUUGAUAAAGACCAUUUCCUCGUGGAGUUGUCGCCAAAGUCAUCGGGUAGUUGGUUCGACGAGUUGAAAAUCACGAAGGAUACUUGGGACGGCUCGCGUAUCUGGUCUAUCGAGGUGAAGCAGCCGGAGAUAAUGGUUGUGCGCAAGUACACUCCUUUGCCGUUGCACUUCUUGAAGGACCCGGACCACCCGGAGCUCGAGCCUUUGUUGAAGAUCACCAACCCGGGUGACGACUCCGGUCGUUUGGUGCUCUACGUGAAGAGAUACGCGCAGGGUGAGGUCGCGCGCUGGCUCUGCUCACGUGCGGUCGGUGCGGAGAUCGAGAUCAGAGGCCCAUUCACCGAAUUUGUAUUCCCUAAGCAUCCGCUCGACGACUGGGUGACGAAACCAAAGAUGUUGGAUUUGCCGUCAAAGAUCUUGCCGGAUACCGAUUUGUGCUUGGUGAUCCCCGAAGACAAAUUAGCGGGCAUUCCGGAGUACGAUAAUUUGGCAUUCUACGGUGCCGGGACCGGGAUUGCACCGCUUUUGCAGGUGCUCUUAUCGCCAAACCCGUACAAGGGGUUUAUCGAUGUGCACUACUCGGUGCAAACUGCGGGUGAGAUCCCGAUCCAACGCUUUUUGUACUUUUUGGAGAAAUUAGACAGGGUCAAGAUGAAUUACUAUGUGAAUGAGAAGGGUAACCACUUGAAGGCGGAAAAUGUUAUUCCCCCGAUUGCAAGAUGCUUCAAUCCGUCGAAUGUGGACGAUGAAGAUGAGAGAGAAAAGUUGAUCAAACAGAAGAUGGAGGAGCUAAGCCAGAGUGCCAAGCCGGUGGUCAACUACCAGUUGAGUGAGCACUUUAACACGGCGUUGGAGCAGGCGCUGGUAACGGCGAAAGUUCCAAAGAAGGGCUCAUCGUUGGCGUUGGUAUGUGGACCUGACGGGUACGUUGCGUACGUUGCGGGUGCUAAGUUAGAGAACCAGCUCCACCCUAUGGACCAGCAAGGACCAGUCAAAGGUGUCUUGGGUGCCAAGGGCUGGGAUGAAGAUAAUGUCUACAAGUUGUAA